AUGGCUAACAAUAAUUCUCCCAUAGUCAAGUCAAACGAACAGAUCACCAAAGCCGAAGACAGGAAAAUGGACGCCGAAGUCCCUUCCAACGGUCACGUCGAGCCCGGCAUCUCAAUCCGUAUGGGCCCGGUUGACGACGAUGACAAAAUGGAUGUGGAUGCGCCUGAGACCAACGGAAAGCGCAAGUCGCGCAGUAGCGUCACCAACGGCAAAUCGUACAAGGACGCCAGUAGCUCAGAAGAUGACGAUAAGCCUUUGAGUAAGCGGCGGCGGACCUCACAGCAAGCCAAACCUCCCAUGGAUGACUCCGACUCAGAGCUCAGCGAUGUGCCCUUAAAGGCUAGGGUUCUCCCGAAAGCAAGCGCCGAACAGAUCGGAGAGUCUGCGGACUCUGACGUGCCUCUUGCUAAGAAGCUCACAAAGAAGAAGGAGUCUAUUGAAAAGGCCGCCGCAAAAGAGGCGCAGGCUUUGCGCAACAAGGAGAAGGCCGCCCCAAAACGCAAGCAGAAAGUAGAGAGUGACAGCGACGAUGACGUUCCUCUUGCGAAGAAAAAGGUGCCAGCGAAGAAGGCGAAUGGUGUUAAGAAGGAGGAGUCCGAUUCUGAUGCUCCGCUCGCGAAAAAGGCUGCCCCGAAGAAGGUCACUAAAGCGAAACCUGCCGCUUCCGCCGCCGCCGCACCUGCAAAGAAGGGCAAGGGCAAAGUCAAGAAAGAGGAGACAGAGCAAGAUGACGAGGCUGAGGCUGAGGAGGACGAGUACCGCUGGUGGGAAGACCCAGGCAAGAGUGAUGGUACCAAGAAGUGGGAUACAUUGGAACACGCCGGUGUUGUCUUUCCUCCGGAGUACGAGCCGCUCCCUAAGCACGUCAAAUUGGUCUACGACGGCGUACCUGUCACUCUGCACCCAGAGGCUGAGGAGGUGGCUACCUUCUACGGAAGUAUGCUGAACUCUACCCACAACGUCGAGAACCCAACCUUCAACAAAAACUUCUUUGAAGAUUUUACUACUUACCUGGACAAGACUGGACACGGCAAGGAUAAGGACGGAAACACAGUCAAGAUCAAGAAGUUCGAGAAGUGCGACUUCAAGCCCAUCUUCGAAUGGUUCGACGCGGAGCGCGCAAAGAAGAAGGCUCUCCCGGCAGCAGAGAAGAAGGCACUCAAGGCCGAGAAGGAGGCCGCCGAGGCAGAGUACAUGUACUGCAUGUGGGAUGGUCGCAAGCAGAAGGUCGGCAACUUCCGUGUUGAACCUCCUGGCCUUUUCCGUGGUCGCGGUGAGCACCCCAAGACUGGGCGUGUAAAGAAGCGCGUUAUGCCCGAGCAGAUCACGAUCAACAUUGGCGAGAAGGCCAAGGUCCCUGAGCCGCCCGUGGGUCAUCGUUGGAAGGAGAUCAAGCACGAUCACGAAGGUACAUGGCUAGCUAUGUGGCAAGAAAACAUCAACGGUGCCUACAAGUACGUCAUGCUUGCUGCCAACUCCGACAUUAAGGGUCAGAGCGAUUUCAAGAAGUUUGAGAAGGCGCGAGAACUCAAGAAGCAUAUUGAUCGUAUCCGGAAGGACUACCGAAAGGAUCUUAAUUCCAAGAUGAUGGCUGACCGUCAGCGUGCUACUGCCAUCUACCUCAUCGAUCAAUUCGCCCUCCGUGCUGGCAACGAGAAGGGAGAAGAUGAGGCUGAUACAGUCGGUUGCUGCUCGCUGAAGUUUCAGCAUAUCACCCUGAAGCCCCCAGAGACUGUCAUUUUUGAUUUCUUGGGUAAAGACAGUAUUCGAUUCUACGACGAAGUCAAGGUCGAUCCACAAGUCUUUAAGAACCUGAAACUUUUCAAGAAGGAGCCCAAGACCACAGGCGAUGACAUCUUCGAUCGACUGACCACGUCGGGUCUCAACAAGCAUCUUACAAGCUACAUGCCUGGUCUUACCGCAAAGGUUUUCCGUACCUACAACGCCUCCUACACAAUGGCUCGCUUACUGAAGGAGAUGAAGGCUACUGGCACGAUUCAGGAGAAGGUGAAGGCUUACAACGACGCCAAUCGCGAAGUUGCCAUCUUGUGUAACCACAAGCGUACUGUCGCCGCAAGUCACGCCACCUCCAUUGAAAAGAUGAACGAGAAGAUUAAUGGUCUUCGUUAUCAAGUUUGGAGGACCAAAAUGAUGAUGAUCGAUGUAGACCCCAAGAUCAAGAAAAAGAAGGGCGCUGAGUACUUUGAGCGACCUGAAGAUCUCGACGACGAAUGGGUCAAGCAGCACCAGGACGCGGAGGUCGAAGAGAUGCGCCAAAAGAUCACCAAGAAGUUCGAAAAGGACAAUGAGAAGCUCAAGGCCGAAGGCGAGAAGGAGAUGAAGCCUAAGGAGCUUGAAGAGCGCAUGGACAAGGUCAACGAGCUAGCUGCUAAGUACAAGAAGGAGAACAAGACUGGCAAGGUUGAAGCCGAGGGCAAGGGCCCAACUGUUGAAAAGCUCGAGGCCAACGUCGAUAAGCUCAAUCAGCGCAUCGAGAACAUGAAGAUCCAGAUGGAGGACAAGGAGGGCAACAAGGAAGUUGCCCUAGGCACAUCUAAGAUUAACUACAUCGAUCCCCGUCUCACUGUAGUCUUCUCCAAGAAGUUCGACGUCCCCAUUGAGAAGUUCUUCUCUAAGACACUUCGGGAGAAGUUCGACUGGGCCAUCAAGUCGGUUGAUGAAACCUGGGAGUUCUAG